AUGGACAAGUUGAAGACCGGAUGGUUCAGCGAACUCACGGACCUGUUGCCGGGCAGAAGUUUUUCCAUGGAAGUGGAACAGGUCUUGCACCAGGAACAGUCCAAGUACCAGGAGAUAUUAGUGUUGAAAACGAAAUCGCACGGCGUCGUACUGGUACUCGAUGGCAUGAUUCAAUGCACGGAGUUCGAUGAGUAUUCUUAUCAAGAAAUGAUUUCAUUUUUGCCAUUAUUCAGUCACCCAAAACCACAAAGGGUGCUCAUCGUGGGCGGCGGCGAUGGCGGGGUCGCUAGGGAAGUAGCCAAACACCCAUUGGUCGAAACCAUUGACCAAGUGGAAAUCGACGACCGCGUUAUCGAACUGUCCAAGAUAUAUUUACCGUUCAUGGCCGAAGGAUUCAACAGCCCCAAAGUCAACCUGCACGUAGCUGACGGAUUCAAAUUCAUGGAAGAACACUUUCAGUACUACGACGUCAUUAUAACUGACUCUUCUGAUCCAAUUGGACCAGCUGUUUCGCUAUUCCAAAAGUCGUACUUUGAGUUAAUGAAACGAGCACUGAGGCCCGGCGGCAUCGUGUGUUCACAAGCCGAUACUUUCUGGGGACAUUUGAAAAACGCAGCGUCGAUGCGCAACCAUUGUAAAGCUGUAUUCGCCAAGGCGGCGUACGCAACGUCUUACGUGUCCACUUACCCAGCGGGUCAGAUCGGUUUCGCACUCGGCAGUCUUGACGAGAAUACAGACUUCAAGAAUCCCGUGUACCAGUUGACUGACAAACAACGAAAAGACAUGAAGCUACGUUACUACACCACCGACAUUCACAAAGCGGCCUUUGCACUGCCCGCUUUUGUCGUCGAUGCUCUCGACGAGGCGGACGCCGCCGAAAACAAUUCGUAA